AUGACAUGCAUUGCCCUACUUCUGCUCCUGUGGCUGCCAAACCUUCAGCUGUCGGGCGCAUUGCGGCGCAAGCCCCAGGGCAAGAGUUCUGUAUUUGUCCAUCUCUUCGAAUGGUCCUGGGGAGAUGUAGCUCGAGAAUGUGAGGAUUGGCUCGGGCCCAAGGGUUUUUCUGCAGUACAAGUUUCCCCCCCUACGGAACACAUUCAGGGCAACCAGUGGUGGACCCGGUAUCAGCCAGUAACAUACAACCUAACCAGUCGAUCUGGUGACGAGGCUGCUUUUGCCUCAAUGGUGAAGCGAUGCAAGAAAGCCGGAGUUCAGGUUUAUGUGGAUGCUGUGCUCAACCACUGCGCAGCCAGCAAAGGCAAAAGCAUAGCAGGCAAUGCAUUUGGCGGGCGAAGAACGCCCAUAUAUAGCCCAGAAGAUUUCCACCACCUGCCUUUUGACGUCACUGGAAACUGUGGCGUCAAUAAUUUUGCAGACGCUCACAACGUGCAAUACUGUGAUUUGCAGGGAUUGCCAGAUCUUUGUACCGAGUGUGAAGGUGUGCAGAACAAAAUAGCCGCCUAUUUGAGCCACCUGGUGAAGCUUGGCGUAACUGGUGUCAGGCUCGAUGCUGCCAAGCAUAUUCCGAAAGCAGACCUGACCAAGAUCUUCGACAAAGUUCAAGACGGGAACAAGCUGCUGAAAUAUGCCGAGAUCUCCAAGGCGACUACGACGGACGUUGUGACAGAAGAAUCAUAUGUGGAUCUGGUGGAUGUGAUCGAAUUCAACUAUUCGCCACAGCUCGACCAGGGCAUUGUAGAGACCGGUCGUAUGUCUAAUUUGGAAUCGCUUGGAGGGUCAGCAGACCUUGUGCCAGGUUCUUCUGCCAUUGUCUUUGUGGAUAAUCACGACACGCAGCGUUCCAAGGACAGCAACGUGGCAAAACUGACCUACAAGUCCGGGCGGCUGUAUCAACUUGCCAGUGCUUUCAUGCUGGCCCAUCCUUAUGGGUAUCCUCAGAUCAUGAGUUCCUUUCAUUUCAGUGAGUAUGACCAAGGCCCACCGACAGCUUCAGUCCACAAAGAGGAUGGUGAUCUGCGAUGUGGAGAGUUUCAGCCAUGGGUUUGCGAGCACAGGUGGCCUGGCAUCGCAAACAUGGUGGCAUGGCGUCGUACUGCAGCCGACAACCCCGUCACGCACUUCACGGCAUUGAGUGAGGAUACGGUGUCCUUUUGCCGUGGUCGCGUGGCAUGCGUUGCGUUCAACCGGCAAGAGUCUGACGAAUGGGUGGUUAAUCUCGUCGUGCCGCUUGAGCCAGGCGACUACUGCGACGUGGCGAGUUCAGAUGGGAUUGGAUGCCCAGUGAUCAAGGUGGACAGCAGCAAGACGGCCAAGCUCACCGUCCCGGCGCAGGGGUUUGUGGCUAUUCAUGUGGGGGCACGCAAGAAAACUCCACCAAAAGAAGACGACGAUUUGGGCGAGGCCAGGCGGGACUGUCCAGCAUCAAGGGCACUGCAGAUCCAAUUUGCCUUCAGGUUCAGCUUCGCACGCGCACCGAAAAAGGUGCAUUCUCAAUCAGCGCCCCUCGGCACAACAGCGGCGUUGUUUUUUUUGCACAUCGUUGCGACAUACUAA